AUCACGAAAUUGUUCAAAAAAAUUGUUCUUGUUUCUUUUAUAUUUAAAUUAAAAAACAUACUCCAAAAAAAAAUAAUCUGUGAAGAUAAUCUCAGGUCCCACUGUCUCGGCGAGUCAGCCACCCCAAGCGGGGCUCCCUAACUCUCCAAUCUCCAUUGUUGGGUUUCUUUAAUUACUUGCAGAGUUGCAGUAAUAUAUUGGCAAUUUGGGCUGGAAAAAAAAUUGAUUUAUGCAGUUCUGGGGAAAAAAUUCAGUUAAUCAGCGGCGUUUCCGGUUGUUGUGAGAUGAUAUUAGGAUGACGACGACAGUGUUUAUAGCGGCCGGAGAAGUCUCUUCUCUGUCUCGCUGCUCCGUCGUCUUCUUCAACGCCCCUCCGAGCCCCCUUCUUCACCGGCGGCGCAACCCAGGCAGACUCCUCCGCCGCGUCCAUGGAAAACCUCGUCCUCCAUCCUCGAAUCUCAGUCUCCUUAAUCCUACUAACUGCUGCGAUAAUGUAAUCACUGCCUGCAGAAGUGCAGUAGAGUUUGUCUUGAAAGCAUUUGAGAGUACCUCGGGUACCAAGAAAGAGAGAACUCCCUCUGCAAGAAGAGCGGCAGCUGCAAUUGAGGACACUGGUAUCGAUUUUGGGGACUUCUUCAAAGGCCCAUUACCAGGGAAAUUUCUCAAACUCUUGGGGUUUUUGGCAUUGUCAAGAUUUGGUAUAUAUGUGCCACUUGGUGGAGUUAAUAGGGAUGCAUUUGUUGGAAAUUUAGACCAGAACAGUAUAUUGAGCACUUUGGAUUCAUUUUCUGGGGGCGGAAUUGGUCGACUUGGAAUAUGCUCCCUCGGUAUUGUUCCUUUCAUCAACGCACAGAUUGUGUUUCAGCUUCUUGGUCAAAUAAAUCCCAAGCUGCAAGAACUUCAGAAAAGAGAAGGUGAGGCUGGAAGAAAGAAAGUGCUUCAGUAUACUCGCUAUGCAUCUGUAGGAUUUGCCAUAGUACAGGCAAUUGGGCAAGCACUGUAUCUCAGGCCUUAUGUGGAUGACUUUAACACUCAGUGGGUUCUUUCCACUGUUGCUUUGCUGACUCUUGGUUCAGUAUUCACAACAUACAUUGGGGAGCGAAUAUCUGACUUAAAACUAGGGAACGGCACGUCUCUUUUAAUAUUCACAAAUAUCAUCUCAUACUUGCCAGCAUCAUUUGGUAGGACAGUUGCAGAAGCAUACCAAGACGGUAACUAUGCCGGGCUUGCUGGAAUCCUUGUUUCCUUUUUCCUGUUAGUCCUUGGCAUAGUUUAUGUACAGGAAGCAGAGAGGAAAAUUCCACUAAAUUAUGCCUCAAGAUAUACUAACAGGACUGGAGGUGUACAGAAAUCUGCUUACUUGCCCUUCAAAGUAAAUGGGUCUGGAGUUAUGCCAAUCAUCUUUUCUACGUCAUCGUUGGCUAUCCCUGGUACCCUCGCACGGUUCACUGGUGUGGAAGUGCUUAGAAAUGCAGCAGCCGCUUUAAACCCUGGUGGUUCUUUGUAUCUUCCAACAAACGUACUAUUGAUUGCCUUCUUCAAUUACUACUAUACAUUCCUGCAACUAGACCCGGAUGACGUGAGUGAACAGCUGAAGAGACAAGGUGCUUCAAUCCCCCUUGUCCGCCCUGGAAAAAGCACUGCUGCUUUCAUCAAAAUGGUUCUAAGUCGAAUAUCCGUUCUUGGUUCUGUAUUUUUGGCUGUUCUGGCUGCUGGUCCUGCGGUGAUUGAACAAGCCACACACCUUACUGCUUUUCGGGGUUUUGCUGGCACGUCUGUUCUCAUUCUUGUUGGCUGUGCCACCGACACAGCACGGAAAGUGCAGGCUGAGAUUAUAUCCCAGAAAUACAAGAACAUUGAAUUUUAUAACAUUGACAAAAAUGUACCAUAAUGAUAAUAAUCUCUCCUUUUCUGCACAUACUUUAGCAGUAUAAUUGGCCAAGUUUUGCAUUUCUCGCUCUCCAUUUGUGCAUAUAAUUCAUUUGUUCAGUUAUGGAUGAUUUUAAUGCAUUAUUGUUUCUUAUUAAAAUAAUCCUGUUUUC